GAAAAAGGAGCAGAGCAAUUGUAUGCUUCCAAGUCAUAACAAUCUUUAUUGGUUGGAGAUUUGCGCCUGGUUCAAAUAAAAAAAAAAAUAUCUCUCCUCCAUUUGGAAACAGGCGACGAUGACGGCCAGGGAGUAAAGAAAUCCAGCAUAGCAUGCCAGCCACCUGCCCCGUAACUUCUUUGUUGUUUGUUCCCCUUCAUCAUCCUACUACUCCCGUUCCGCCGAAGCUACCGAGGACGGGCGCACGCAGGCGGAGGACCAGCGCCGUCGUCCAAUCCGCAUCCGCUAGUAGGGGGAACAGCCGGCAGCGCGAAGCAAGGAUUUGGAGGAUGACAGAAGCUGCAGUUACAAGGUACUGGUGCCAUGGAUGUGAGAAGGCCAUUGAGGAGGCCAUGGGGGAGGAGAUCAAGUGCCCAUUCUGUGAUGGUGGAUUCAUUGAAGAGAUGAUCGGGGAGGAAUUUGAGGGGUUGGUCAGUCAGCAGUCAGAGCGGGAUUUAUCACAAUGGGGAACGUCAAACAACCCUUUUGAGCAGCCAGGAUCGGCAGCAGACAGUGAGGAUGAAGAUGACGACGAUGAUGAUAUAGGCCGUGAAUUUGAGGGUUUCAUCAGGAGGCAUGGACGAGCAUCAGCUCUGCGUCGUGUGCUUGACAGCAUCCAGGAUGACCUUAGAGCUGACAGGGAAAGGGACCACUCCGUUCUGAUCAAUGCCUUCAACCAAGCCCUCGCUCUGCAAGGCUCGGUACUUGACGCUGAUGAGGCUCGAGAUGACCAAGGUGGAUCUAACAAUGAUGAUGGCUUGCUUGAAGAAUAUGUCCUGGGGGCUGGGCUGAGCCUGCUGCUUCAACAUUUGGCUGAGAAUGACCCAAACCGGUAUGGCACCCCUCCUGCAAAGAAAGAGGCGGUUGAAGCUCUGCCCACUGUCCAAAUAGCAGAGGUUGUCAGCUGUUCAGUCUGCCUUGAUGAUCUUGAGCUGGGGUCCCAUGCAAAGCAGAUGCCUUGCGAGCAUAAGUUCCACUCUCCUUGUAUCCUGCCAUGGCUUGAACUCCAUAGCUCCUGCCCUGUGUGCCGGUUUGAGCUGCCAUCUGAAGAGACGAAAGAUUUGAAUGAGCCUAGCAAUGUCGACAGAACAGAGAGCACCCAAGAGGAAGUCAGGGCUGAUGGCCCUGAAAAUGACAGUGAGAGCAGUAACAGAGCAUGGGCCCUUGUUCCUUGGUUCAGUGGGCUAUUCUCAACACCUGAACCGCAAACUGCCAGAGGCGCUUUCACCGAUCAACAGACUCCAUCCGCUUCUGGAACCAACCCGAAUGCUGGGGAAAGUUGAUUUCUUCCUCCUUUGUGAAUAAUGCUCAUACAUCUAAGAAUAGCAAUGAACCUUGUCAGUAGAUGACUUAUUUUUCUGUACUGACAAUCAUUGGAUGGAUCGCAAGGUACAAAGUUUGUGGCUGUUCUGUUUUGCCAGGAUUUUAGCGAUCAUUUCACCUUUAAUUAAUUUCAUAGCUACUGAGCCUAUGCGAUCAUUUGCUUUC